AAGUCCAAGGAAUUGGAUUUAAAUGUACUUAAUCCUGCUGAAAUAGUUGUAGGAAGCAAUCCUCAACAGGUCUACUCAGAAAAUGGCCAGUGGUCAGGAGAGCAAUGCGUCCUUCGGUGGUGAACGGACAGCUGCUUCAGAAAGUUCUCAAGCAAAAAAGUCUCAUAAUUAUGAAGAGGAAAUGUUUUAUCGGCACUGCAGAGCAGCCUACUUAGCCAUCUUUAAAAGCAGCUUAGAAAACAUUAAAUCAAAAGAACAACUGUGUUUAGUACUUCAGCAAGCAGGAAGAAAUCCAUCUUGGCAAACAGUUAAUAAAUACUGGACACUCCAAACCACCUCAUUGAAUUUUGAUGAUUUUUGUUUCAUCUUGAAAAAAGAACCCCCUGUUCAGGAAACAGAGCUACUCAAAGCCUUUGCAAAGAUGGAUGCAAGUAAUGAUGGCUAUAUCUUGCAUAGUGAACUUCGUCAAGUUCUUGCAACAAAAGGUGAAAAAAUGACUCUUGAUGAAGUUAAUGCAAUCACCGAGUUGGCUGAAGUGAACAAUGAUGGCAAGUUUGACUAUUACAAGUUUUGUAAAUUGUAUAUGACAACCAAUGAACAGUGUCUGAAGAACGCAGUAGAGAAACUGGAGGUUGACAGUAAACUGAAGCGCCAGCAGUUUGGAAAUCAAAUGGAGACCUUUUCAGAAGUGGCAAAAUUACCAGAUUCAAAACAAAAAACUGCAAGAAAAACAGAACCCACACCACUGCUAAAAGGAGGUGACUGCAAGCCUUCUUUGCGGGCUUCCUCAGCUCGAAGUUGCAAAAUCUCGGUGACAUCCACUAUCAGCAUGGGUGCCAGCAGCAACAAAAAAUCCAAGCUCAUUGAAGCCAAUACAGUGAAGGAAUGGCAUUGUGCAUAUUCCAAAGGAUGUUUCUUCUUGGAAGACAAUGAUGAAAUAGUUAGUCAUAAAUACAAGUUAUUUUUACCCCAGAGAUCAACCGUUUGUAUCACCAUUAAGCCUCUACGUUUUAACCAAAUGGAAGGAAAAUAUUCUCCAUGGUUAGCAGUGGACACUGCUUUGUACAUUUUAAAAGAAAAUGAAACUGAAGAAAAACUAACGGUUGUGAACUUCACUGAACUACGAAAUAAGGAGACUUUUGGUUGGAGAGGAGAACUUGGAGCUGGUGUUUAUUGGGUAGUUCCUUUCACCACUGGUUGUAGAUUCAAGAAAAUGAAAAAGCAAAUUGCAGAAGAAGCCAAACUCAUAUCCGAAGAUGGAGACGGAUGCUUGGCACUUACUAAGGAGUUCAGAUCAGCCUUGUCAGAAAUAUUUGAAAUUAUUGAUCUGGAUGGGAAUGGUUUUCUCAGCCUGGAAGAAUACAAUUUCUUUGAAAUGAGGACCUGUGGUGAGACAUGUGAUGAAGAAGCUUGGGUCAUAUGUAAACAGAAUUUCGAUACAAAGAACAAUGAACUUACAAAACAGGGAUUUAUGGAUCUGAAUCUCAUGGAGGCCAGUGAACGAGGAGGGGAUGUUAGUGAUCUCUGGAUUAAUUUGAUGUCAAUGGGCUACAAUAAAGCGAUGGAGUUGACUGAGGCAUGUCCUUUUUCUAUUCACGUCUAUGCAGAAAAGUGCAAACCCAAAAUUAAACCCAUUUGUCUGGAAACAGGUGGCGGGCAACUUAACAAAGCCCUUUGUAUGAAUGUUGUUAAUAAAGGAGAUGCUAAGCCAAUGGAUAACAGUGAAAAUAUAAUCAUUCACACAUGUAGAAGUGAUGCUCGGAUCACUUCUGUAAUUGAAAACAAGACUGAAGGCAAAACAGUAAUUCAUGUCAAUAAUGAGAAAAGUAAGAAUUGUGUGAAUAACAGGGGACUCAACGCAUUUGCUAUUGAAGUGGCACCUAGAUCCAUGAUGGUUUGUCAGCAUGUGAUGCCACUGAAUGAACAAGAAGAGUGGAUAUACAACUGUGUUUAUUCUGUCUUAGCUUAAACUAUCAUGGUUGCAAGGUGGGGGCCCACA